AUGGACACCAUCUCCCCCGCCCCCAGCGGCAGCGACAGCGACACAGAGAGCGUAACCAGCAUCCCACCACGCCAAACCCACCCCAAACAUUUGAAAGAACAAUCAGUGUUUCCUCUCGCCCGCCCACCCCCAAAACCCACCCAACGCCUCCGCCUCACCCCCAAACUCCUCCUCCAGAUCCAACACCUCUCCCCGAAAUCCACCCGGCCUCUCCCCGUCCUCGAAGUCUGGCAACCUUCGCGCUUUGCGGCCCGGCCGUGCGCGACUCUUCCCAAGCUUCAUGCGGGGGAUAUGUAUGUUACCCAGAGCGAGGCAUACGCUUCGUUAUCUGGUGAUGACCACGACCGUAAUUUAACCUCGGACUCAGAUGCAAACCAAGAGGUCGCCGGGGUGAUCUACCACCCACCCGCACAGAAAGCAAAAGCGAAAAAGGAGGAGCCGGAGCCGGGGCAGGCGGAGGCGGAGGUGCAUUUCCCGCUGACAGGGCGCACGUGGACCGCGCGUGUGACAGCCACUGGUGGAUAUCGGUUUCAGGGACGGGAUGGGGCCGCAGAGUACGUGCUGGAGUGGAAGAGGCGGGGGGAGGAAAAACGAAGUACGUCGUUCUCUUCGUCGUCGACGGAUCCGGCGCCGGGGGCCGGAGGGGACAGCAGAUUCGUGCUGGGCAUUGUGGAUAUGAAGACGCGGCGGGGGGCGCGGGUUGCGUCGCUAACGAAAAAGGGAUUUGAGGUUGGGUGUUGGGAACGGCUGCCGCUUGAGGGGCUUCGGGAGUGUGUGGGCUCGUCUAUGGAUGAGUCUGGACUAUCGGAGGGGCAGUUCAGGACUGCAGUCUAUACAAUGGUUCUAACGACGGGGGUCUGGGUUGCGGCGCAGGAGGGGUGGCUGAAUUGA